AUGGGCAAAAUCAACCUCACCCACCUCUUUCUCCCCAUUGUCAUUAAGAGCAAAAUCAAGAAGGCCGCCUCAAUAGCCUGGGAUCACGCCGACUUCGACUUCGCCAAUGCUUCGGACGUUGAUACUAGACCGAUAUAUACUGCCUCAAAGGCGGUCAUGAACGCCAUCAUUUCAAGCUCACCGCGCACCACCCAAGACCAGCUCAAGGGUUUCGCAGCAUUCACUGACAAGCUUCCAGCCUAUGCGCCCAACUCCAAGGCCCCUAUCACUCCAGAAUAA